AUGGAGACCGACACCUCCUCCUGCGGAGGUGGCGGCGCCAAGCAGCGGGGUAUAGGACUUGUGGAGGUGCAAGCGGCGGCGGCAGCGUUGCGGCGGUCAGAGGUGUUUCACGUCGUGAAGGAGCUCGUAGGCUUCGUCCUCUACAUGCACCACCAGAUCCCCUCGGUUUUGCCGAGUCUUGAAAAUGAAUUUGCAAGUUUAAAGGAGGAAAUGACAGAAAUGACAUUACAACCGGCUGAACUCAAACCAUCUGAUCAGAGAAGGUACAACAUGCGAAAAAGGGAGGUUAGAUGUAGAAUAAAGAAGCACGAGAAGUUGAUGAAUGGCAUCUCUACCUUACUCUGUUCUCUUCAGCAAGCACUUGAUGAAGUUUCAAGCGUUGAAGGAGUCAUCCUGAUCCUUGGAGGAAGCCUUGUACGGCCCCUAUUUGUUUAUGACAUUACAAUUUCUCAUGGUAUCUUUGAUUCAGGAAGUGCCAAAGAGCAUGCUCUAACCAAGUUAGCUCAAUCUGUUUCUCGGAAGGCUAUCCGUGCUCUUGUAUCAUGUGGAGCAGGGAGUUUGUCCUACACAGGAUCAGGAUUCAGGGCUGCAUUGUCAAACUGCAAGUUUGUUUCACAGAUGAACAGUGUUUUGUUUUUGAAAUUAUUUGAUUUUGCAUCUACUUUGGCUUUGAUACUUGAAUAG